AUCUCCAGGCAUCCAACCCUCAACCUUCAUCAUAUCAUAUCAAGUUAUCAACCAUUGUUUUAUUUUGUAAUUUCAGAUUUAAAUUUAUAUCUCUCAAAAUGCCACAAAACUCACCGGAUGUCACCUCUUCUGUUAAGCUCAAGUAUGUCAAACUCGGGUACCAGUACCUGGUUAACCGUUUCCUCACAUUCUUACUCGUCCCCGUUAUCGCCACGGUCAUCAGUCAUCUGGUUCGUCGUGGACCAGACGAGCUAAUCACGACCGUCAAGUCGAUCCAAGUCGACGUUGUUCAAAUGCUAUGUUCUGUGUUUAUCAUCGUUUUCAUGUCAACAAUAUACUUCAUGUCAAAACCACGGUCAGUUUACCUUGUGGAUUACACGUGCUACAAGGCUCCGGUCACGUGCCGUGUCCCGUUUUCAACCUUCAUGGAGCACUCUAGGUUGAUCCUCAAGGAUAACCCUAAAAGUGUGGAGUUCCAAAUGAGAAUUCUAGAACGUUCUGGAUUAGGUGAAGAGACGAGUUUGCCCCCCGCGAUUCAUUACAUCCCGCCGAAUCCUACUAUGGAAUCGGCGAGGGGCGAGGCGGAACUUGUGAUAUUUUCCGCCAUCGAUGACCUGUUUGCGAAAACAGGUUUGAAACCCAAGGAUAUUGAUGUUCUUAUAGUUAAUUGUAGCUUGUUCUCCCCAACGCCGUCCUUGUCGGCGAUGGUGGUGAACAAGUACAAGUUAAGGAGUAAUAUCAAGAGUUUUAAUUUGUCGGGUAUGGGGUGUAGUGCCGGAAUAAUCUCUAUCGAUUUAGCUCGAGAUUUGCUUCAAGUUGUUCCGAAUGCGAACGCGUUGGUGGUUAGUACGGAGAUUAUUACUCCGAACUAUUAUAAAGGGAACGAGCGAGCUAUGCUCCUUCCCAACUGUUUGUUCAGGAUGGGCGCGGCUGCAAUUUUGCUGUCGAACAAGCGACGCGAAAAGAGCCGCGCCAAGUACAAAUUGGUCCAUGUCGUCCGAACACACAAAGGUUCGGACGACAGGGCAUAUAAAUGUGUAUAUGAACAAGAAGAUUCGCAAGGACUCGUUGGCAUCAAUUUGUCCAAGGAUCUCAUGGCGAUUGCAGCGGAAGCUCUCAAAUCGAACAUCACAACAAUCGGUCCGUUAGUGUUACCAGCGUCGGAGCAGCUCCUUUUCCUUUUGACUCUCAUCGGUCGGAAAAUCUUCAAUCCAAAGUGGAAACCCUACAUUCCUGACUUUAAGUUAGCGUUCGAGCAUUUCUGCAUACACGCAGGAGGGCGGGCGGUGAUAGACGAGUUGCAGAAGAACCUCCAGUUGUCCGCAGAGCACGUCGAAGCAUCGCGAAUGACGUUGCAUAGGUUUGGUAACACAUCGUCCUCGUCGUUGUGGUACGAGUUGAACUACAUCGAAUCGAAAGGAAGGAUGAAGAAAGGGGAUAGGAUCUGGCAAAUUGCCUUCGGAAGUGGUUUCAAGUGUAACAGCGCGGUGUGGAAGUGUAAUCGAAAUAUUUGUCCGACCAGUGGUCCGUGGGAGGAUUGCAUUGAUCGGUACCCGGUGCACAUCCCCGAGGUCGUGAAGCUGUGAAUAAGGUUUAUAUAUUUUACAAGUUUAGUCUGGUAUUUGAAAUUACCGUCGUGAAGCUCUGAAUAAGGUUUAUAUAUUUGCUCUAAACUUGUAAAAUAUCAUAUUUACAAAAAAAAAAAAAAAAAAUUAGUAUAUAUGAUAUUGUUUUA